AUGUGCAACCUCCCCCAGGACGACAAGAAGCAAAUCAAGUUCUCCCUUGUCAAGCACAACCACGAUGACCGUGUCGUGCUGAUGCCCACUGCACGCAACGUGUUGCGCCCAGAACUGGAGCUUGAUGCCAGGCUUGAAGACGACGUGGAGAGCGACUUUGGCUUUCAGAUGCCUGGGCACCCCAGCGGCAAGAGCGUGUCUGCUGCCGAGCUCUCGUUGCUUUUCUCGCCCCUGGACCCCGUCACACGACGCAAUAUGGCUGCAAUGAAAGCCCGGUGGACAGCACCUGCUCAAGCCCCUGCUGCUGGGGCUCCUGCUCAACAUAGUCCUGCUGGUGCUCCUGCUCGUGCUUCACAUGCAUCGGUUUCCCAUGCUGCGCAUACGGCACAUGCUCCAGCUCCGCAUGCAGGCAGUCGCAGCCACGAUUCUGGGUCCGCUGAACCGAUGCAGGUCGACCAAGCAGAACGCACGCCUCUCUCUGCUCUUUGUGGCCGCCCUACUUCUUCUGUUUCGCAUGCAGGGCGCGUGCAAGCUCCGCAUACAGUCAGGCGUGACUGCGCUACUAGGUCUGCACGACCACCGCAGACUCCUCCUGGCCGCCCUUCUGCGCAACAAGCAGCCUCCGCAGGCCUCACCGAACUUGUUCAACGACCAAAGCCGACCCUGAUGAUGCGUCUGUGGGCAAGCAUGUGGACAGAUCCCCCCGAGGCAAUCGAAGCUGAGCUCAAGAUGCACCCCGAGCCUAGAAUUCUCGCGUACCGUUGGCUCACGAGUGCCUGCCAGCCCUUGCAGUUCACACCCCUGCGGGUCUCACCCACAAUCCCAGCCGCUACUCAACCGCCCGACAACGUGUCCGCAGAGUCGACCCAACCGCCCACCGAACUGUCCGCCGAGCCGAUGGCUUUGAUCCCCGCCACUGCCCAACCGCCCGUCAACUCGUCUGUAGAGUCGACGGCUUCAAUCUCAGCAGCUGCCCAACCGGCCUUGCAAACUGUGCAGGAGUUCCUUCAGCUCUAUGACAGGAGAAUCCCGAUCAAGCUCAAUUCGCCUGGGAUAGAUUCGUCCGAGCAUCUGCCAGCGAGACAAGUCUUGAAGCCCUUCGUCGACAAGGGCUCUGAGUGGAUGUCCGCUGAAGCGCUUGACUUUUGCUUCGGGCGCCUGCAACAAGCAAACAUUACCUCGCAAAACGGGGUCAAAGUCACCUUUUGGCACUGGUUCCUCGUUGUGCUGCAUCGGAAAACCUUCACCAUCCGCAUUUUCGAGGGACUGAAGAAACCGGCUCUCGACCUUGUCGAAAUUGUUAAAUCGUUCUUGCCGGACUCGACUGAAUGGAGCUUUGUUCCCGAGCCGGGUUCUAUCUACGGGCACCAAGGGCCUGGCCAGACGGAGGAACCUCCUUGGACUUGUGGUUGGCUCGCCUUGUGGAUGGCCGAGAGGAUUGCACGGCUCGGCGUGUCAGCAGAAGACUUGCAGGCCACGUCUAACCCGUGGCCGUGGGUCCCUACCGAUCCACCUCCGCCCAACGUUGGUCAACCUUCUAGAUCUCAAGCCGUACCUCCCUUGUCGCUCCUGAUUGCCGAGCAUGUGCGGUUCAAGUGGCUCGCUGAUGCCGCCCGCUGCUGGACACCGCCCGCAUCAAAGGCUUGA